AUGCAGUCGCCAAACGUCAAGCCCGAGCAAGCCUCGGCCGAAUCUCUAGGGGGACUCAACCACACAAUGGAACCGAUUGACAUGUCCAACCCUCAUCACAACGGAAACGUGGUUGCAGGUACAAAACGCAAAAUCAACAGCGCAAGCCCUCGUGGAGUGGCCAAUUUGACUCCGGAGCAACUGGCCAGAAAACGUGCAAAUGACCGCCAAGCACAACGAGCGAUACGGGAGCGUACAAAGGCCCAGAUCGAGGCAUUAGAGCGGCGAGUGCAUGAAUUGACGUCGCAGCAGCCGUAUCAGGAUAUUCAGAAUUUGGCGUCAGAAAAAGAGAGGAUUUUGAGAGAGAAUCAAGAUAUCAAGCGCCGGUUGAGUGCUAUGAUGAAUAUCCUGCAGCCGCUGAUGGAGAGAGAUGGCAUGCCAACGACAUCGCCAACGAACGCCCAGUUACCGACGACAACGGUACCAUUGACCAACAACGCCGCAAUAACACCAACGAAUCCGGUGCCAAUCCCGGCGGAAACGACGCAUCCAUCCCCAUUUACAGAUCGAAGUCACGACACGCCUAUCAGCUUGGAAUCUCAUCAGUUGGAUCACUCCUGGAACGAAUCAAUCGCAGGGAACGUGUCCCCUACCACUGUCGAACUUCAAUGCGCACCUCGGCCGGAUGCUGUGAGCGUAAUGAGCAUAAUUACUAAUCCGCAGCUGACAACUCAAGAGUUUGGCGAGAAACUCAUUCUAAAUUUUCUACUCGACAAUCCUCGGCAGAUCCCCAGGAUUGGAGACAUUCCGAAACUCUCCGCGGAUCACAAUCGCAGUCCUGACCCGCCCAAACUCGAUUCUUCAUUAUCAACUGGAGCUGUGGCUAGCGCAGGUGCAGCAGCGGCAAACGAUCAUCGUCAAGCACACUUGAUAGCUGUGCAAAAUCUCAAACCUACCUGUGCCCUCGACUCCAUAUUUUUGGACUUUCUCAAAAAUCGACGCGGUGAGUUGACGAGUGGCACUCAACAACGAAUGGCCUACCCGAGUGUAUCAUCAUUACUCAACCCCUCCGAGAACAGCACCUAUUCCUACUCCAUCAGCAAAGUGUUCAGCGACAUCCUGCGCACAUUUCCCGACAUUUCCUCUCUCCCAGAACAAGUGGGCACUCUAUACACCAUGUUCCAAAUCAUGCGAUGGCAGAUCUACCCGACGCAAGAGAACUACGACCGGAUUCCACACUGGCUCACGCCGCGACCCGCUCAAUUAUUCAACCCUCACCCAGCCUGGAUGGAUUACAUCCUCUGGCCCAAAGUCCGUGACCGACUGUCCUACGCAUACCGCGACUACCCCUUUGAAACUUGGUUUGUGCCUUAUACACGUACGAUAUCAUGUAACUGGCCGUAUGAGCCCACGGACUGUCUAUUACACAACACAGACUCGGAUGAGUUGCUGAUCAACCCGGUGUUUGAGCGACAUAUUCGAGACUUGAAUAAUUGGUCUGUGGGGACGGAGUUUGCAGAGGCGUUUCCGGCGCUGGUGGAUGCGGUUAAGAUUAAAUCUGAUGGGAGGAGGGCACGACCGUCUUAG